UUGCAUAUAACUUGAAAUCCAUCCUCUCCUACAAAUACCUUCAAAUACCACAUGUACGUACCUUUCUAUAUGGCGAUUAUGCCUUUCAACCCAACUCUCACCAUCUUAUUCAUCAUCUCCUUCAUCGUCACAUCAUCCGCAGACCCGAUAACCACAGCCUGCACAGACGUACGUAGCCACGACACGUCUCGUUCCAAAUGUAUAUACAUAAAAACACACUCUGACUGCCACCCAAAAGGCUACAUAAACUACCUUCAAAUCUUCUAUUGCACAUUAUCAAGGUUUCCUAACCUUGGUUUCAUUCUUCUUCUCCUAUGGCUUGUGAUACUUUUCUAUGUGUUAAGCAACACUGCAUCCGAAUACUUUUGUCCUGCGGUUGAACACUUGUCUAAAAUUAUAAACCUCUCCCCUGCUCUUGCAGGAACCACUUUGCUUCCCUUAGGAAACGGCUCACCUGAUGUUUUCGCUAGUAUUAUCUCUUUCACUGCCUCUAGUGACGGUGGAGAUAUCGGGAUUAAUAGUAUCCUUGGUGGGGCGAUAUUUGUUACAACUGUUGUUGUUGGAGUUCUUAGCUUGUUACUCUCUUACCGACGAAAAUAUGUUGAAGUUGAUAAAGCAAACUUCGUUAGAGACGUUGUUUUUCUUCUAUUCGCUCUCUCAAGUCUACUCGUAGUCAUUAUAAUCGGGAAGAUUACUUUAUGGGCGUCAUUGCUUUUCACUUCUACUUACAUUAUUUACAUUUGUUUAGUUUCUUAUAUGCAUUUUAUUAGCAUAAAGAACAAGAGGGUGACCUCGAAUACAGCUUGUGGACAAAGCGGACAAUAUCAUGAUCUCAGACUACCAUUACUCAUAAGCUCUCCGCAUAAAGAUAAAGAUGUGUCUAACAAAAAGAAGGUUGUUAUGUUGAUUUUGAAUGUUAUGGGGUUGCCAUUUUAUUUACCUAGAAGGCUCACAAUACCAUUGGUAACAAAAGAAAAAUGGUCCAAGCCAUUUGGAGUGAUUUCAGUGGGAUUGGCUCCAAUUAUGUUGGCUCUUAUUUUCACCACACAACAAGGUAAAAUGGGUUCAAAAAGUAGCUUGUUCAUAUGUGGUAUGUCAUUGGUAAUUGGAAUUGCUUUAGGGACUUGUACACUUGUUAGGACAAGUAGUACCAUGGCACCACAAAAGUGUUUGAUUAUUUGGUAUGCAAGUGGGUUCCUAAUGAGUGUUACAUGGACAUACAUCACUGCUGAGGAAUUGGUCUCUUUGUUGCAAUCACUUGGGACUAUUAUUGGUAUAAAACCUUCAAUUUUAGGGCUUACUGUUCUAGCUUGGGGUAACUCACUUGGUGACUUGACAGCCAAUGUCGCUAUGGCAAUACAUGAUGGGCCCGAUGGGGCUCAAAUUGCUAUAGCGGGCUGUUUUGCUGGGCCCGUGUUUAAUAUCUAUAUGGGAUUGGGAUUUUCGUUUGUUAUUGCAUCUUGGUUGGAUUAUCCGGCACCAUAUAUGGUUCCGGUUAACCCUUACUUGUGUGAGACCGUGGGUUUUUUGAUUGUUGGUUUGUUAUGGGCUCUUGUUGUACUGCCCAAACGGCAAAUGCGACUUGAUCAAACACUCGGAGGUGGGCUUUUGGCCAUUUACUUAUGCUUCUUGUUUAUUAAGAUUGCUAGAGCUGUUGGACUGAUUGAUUUUUCUACAUCCAACUCGUUAGAAGUUGUAUAAGUAGUAAUCAUGUUGAUAUUUUAGUUAGGCAACAAUAUUGGCUACCACUAUUAUGCUUUAAUGAGUAUAUAUUCUUCUAUUUAACGAUUUCUAAGCAAGCAUACAUAAAUGGCCUAUAUAUAAACUUCAAA